GUAUUUGCGUUGCGUGUUUCCGGGUGCAUAUUGAUACUGACGGGACUGAAACAUGUUGAAGAGAAAUGCACGCAAAUUCUUAAAGUAUUUAUUUUUCGCUGCUGUGAUUUUAAUUAGUGGGGUUGCAAUAUUAAAAUCUUUCAUAACUGUCAAUAACAUUGACGUGAACAGUAUUAAAAGUCAAGAAAAAUAUUCUGGUCUUCCUAAAGCUCCAAAUAAACUUAAAAUACCUUCGGAUGGUGAAAAAAUAGAUUGGCAUAAUUAUACUCAAAUAAAUAUUGAAAAAAAUAGAAAAGGUCCUGGUGAACAAGGCAUUGCAUUUUAUUUACCUCCUGGCACAGAAAAACGCAAAGAUGAGUUGUAUAAAGUCAAUGGUUUCAAUGGCUUCGCUAGUGAUUAUAUAGCUAUCAAUCGCUCCAUUGCAGAUAUUAGACAUAAAGAUUGUUCAAAGAAAAAGUAUUUAAGAAAGCUACCAACUGCCAGCAUUGUUGUUCCAUUUCAUAAUGAACAUCUUUCAACUCUUUUGCGCACUGCCACAAGUGUCAUUAAUCGAGCUCCUCCAGAGUUGAUUAAGGAAGUUAUACUAGUUGAUGAUUUUAGCACAAAAACUGAACUAAAACAUGAGUUAGAGACUUACAUAAAGAAAUAUUUACCUAAAGUAAGAGUUUUGCGGGCUUCAAAAAGAGAAGGUUUAAUCCGAGCCAGAUUAAUUGGUGCCAAGGCAGCAACAGGAGAUGUGCUUAUUUUUCUGGAUUCCCACACUGAAGCUAAUGUUAAUUGGCUUCCUCCAUUGCUAGAACCAAUUGCUCAAGAUCGAAGAACAGUAGUCUGUCCUUUUAUAGAUGUUAUAGACUAUGAAACAUUUGCUUACAGGGCACAAGAUGAAGGAGCCAGAGGAUCUUUUGACUGGGAAUUAUAUUAUAAAAGACUACCUUUAUUACCUGAAGAUCUCAAACAUCCUGCAGAACCAUUUAAAAGCCCAGUUAUGGCUGGUGGAUUAUUUGCGAUUGACCGUUCCUACUUUUGGGAACUGGGUGGUUAUGAUGAAGGUCUUGAUGUCUGGGGUGGUGAGCAGUAUGAAUUGUCUUUCAAAAUUUGGCAGUGCGGAGGUCAAAUGGUAGAUGCUCCAUGUUCAAGGAUAGGUCAUAUUUACCGAAAAUUCCCACCAUUUCCUAAUCCUGGCAUUGGUGAUUUUGUUGGAAGGAAUUAUAAAAGAGUGGCUGAAGUAUGGAUGGAUGAAUAUAAAGAAUAUUUAUAUCUCAGACGCCCUCACUAUCGUGAUUUGGAUCCUGGUGAUAUUUCUCAACAAAAAGCCUUAAGGGAAAAACUAAAAUGCAAACCUUUCAAAUGGUUUAUGGAAGAAAUUGCAUUUGAUCAGCCAAAGAAAUACCCUCCAAUAGAACCUCCUAAUUUUGCUGAAGGAGAAAUUAGGAAUGUGGCAAGCAAUUUAUGUAUUGAUACAAGAUUCCGUAAGCAGAAUGACAGAUUUGGUCUUGAAAAAUGCACCAAAGAUAAUCCUGAUCAAGGAGGAGAACAGCAAUUUGAAUUAACGUGGCACAAAGAUAUUAGACCAAAGAAAAGAACAGUAUGCUUUGAUGUUUCAUCAUCUGACAACCAUGCACCAGUUGUCCUUUGGAGUUGUCAUGGAAUGCAAGGGAAUCAGGAAUGGAAAUAUGAUUAUGUGAAGUUGCAACUGUAUCAUCCUAUAAGUGGCCAUUGCUUAGAUUGUGAUGCAGAAAGAAAAGAAAUAUUUAUGAGUCCCUGUGAUACAACUGUAAUAUCUCAAAAAUGGAGGUUUCAAACGUUUAAUCGAACAGCAUUAGAUAGUUGGUAAUUUAACAGCUGUCCUCAAAAAUUGGUGAUCCAUAGCUAUUUUGAAAAAAAAAAUUAAUAGGUUGUAAUACUUGUUCCAUUUUUUUUUUCUUUUCUAUAAGACUUUUACAUUCCAUUUUACAAUAUUUUUAUAUUACUUUUUUUUAAGCUUAAAUUGAUUUUUGGUGCCAAUUUUACUUUCUAUAGUCAAUGGCAAUUUAAGUCAUUGCAUAAUCAAUAAAUGACACAAUAAUUGUUCCUAUUCAUCUUGGGAACUGACAAAAGAUUCUACAAACUAAGCAAUUUUAAUUUAGAAUUUCCUUAUUAUAGAUUAUUGGAAAAAAUUCAAAUUAAAUUUGAUUUGUAUUUGUCAAUUAUUUCAAAAACAUUUCAACCACAUGCAAGGUUAUUUAUCCUGGAAUAAUAUUAUAUUGCAUAUUUUUUCUCUUAAAAUCAACUUAAGUUGUCAUUUACUAUAGAUAAUGGGGUGUAUUUGUUUUCUCCGUUUUUCUUUCUUAUAAUUUUUUUUUCCAUCGAAGUUUUCUACAUUGAAAACACUAUAUUGUGUAAUCUUUAUAUGGUGAUAAAUUUGUUAAUAUUGAUACAUAUCAAAGGUUGCAUAACAAUACCUUUAAAUUGUAUUUUAGCAAUCACAAUCAAAUUAUUGUUAUAGCAUUUGAUGCAUAUUUUU